AUGGUGAAGUUUAGUACAAUUCUUGUGUUUGUUGUACUAGUUUUAGUGCAUGUAAGUGUUGCACGUAAUGUUCCAAAGGGUGGUGAUGAACAUGCAAGUGUAGCAGUUGAUGUUCCAAAGGGUGGUGAUGAGAAAAAUGUGAGUGUGGUGCAUGCAAAUGGUGCAAAACAUGGAGAGAGUUUGAAUGGUAAGGGUGUUGAUGAAAAGAAGAAUUUUUUGGUUGGUGGUGUUGGUGGAUUUGCUGGUGGUUAUGCUGGGAUUGGUGGGAUUGGUGGAGGAAUAGGGAAGGUUGGUGGGAUAGGUGGUGGGAUUGGAUGUGGAAUUGGUAAGGUUGGUGGGAUUGGUGGUGGGAUAGGUGGUGGUAUUGGAAAAUUUGGUGGGAUUGGUGGUGGCAUUGGGAAGGUUGGUGGGAUUGGUGGUGGUAUUGGAAAAUUUGGUGGGAUUGGUGGUGGCAUUGGGAAGGUUGGUGGGAUCGGUGGUGGAAUUGGUGGUAUCCAUGGUAUUGGUGGUGGAAUUGGUGGUAUCCAUGGUAUUGGUGGUGCAGCUGGAAUUGGUGGUGGUAUUGGGAAGUUUGGUGGGAUUGGAGGUGUAGGUAAAAUUGGUGGGAUCGGCGGUGCAGCUGGAAUUGGUGGCUUCCAUGGGAUUGGUGGUGGAGUUGGAGUUCUUGGCGGUCACGGUGGAGGAGUUGGAGGGUUAGGUGGUGUUGGGGGUUUAGGUGGGGCCGGUGGUGUUGGAGGUUUAGGUGGUGCCGGUGGUGGAGCUGGCGGCUUGGGUGGUGGAAGUGGAGGUUUAGGUGGUGGUUCUGGAAUCGGAGGUUUUGGUGGUACCGGAGGAGUUGGAGGCGUUGGUGGGACCGGUGGUGCUGGCGGUGCCGGUGGUUUAGGUGGUGGUAGUGGUGGUUUGGGUGGUGGUGUGGGGACUACAAGUUGUGGAGAUGUUCUUCACCCUUGUCCUUAAUUAGAUUCAUUUUGAUCCUUUGCAUGCAUGUUGUUGUUGAUUUAUUGUGUUGCCAAUUCAAAUAUUAUUAUUGUUUUAGGUUAGAUAGUCUUAGGUUUAGCAUUUCCUUUUCCAAGUAAUUUAUUAAUGUUAUUCCGUUUCUAGCUUCAAAUGUUGUUGUCAUGUCGGAUCAAUUUAGAGUUUGAAGUUCUUUUUAAUCAUGCAUCAAUUUAUUGUUAUUCCUAGUUUGUAAGCAAAACUCUUGUAGUGAUCGCAUUUCAUGUUCUUAUCAUAUGGAAUUUUGUAGCUAUCUUUCAAGUUCAUAUUGAGGAUAUUUAAUUGGCAGCCUUAAAUAGUACUAGUACUAUAUUCCUUUGAAUUGCAGGUGUGUUGU